AUGUCCUCCGUUAACUGCACGGAGGAGCUGGACUUCAGACUGAUCUUUGAGGACGACGGGAGACACGCUGCAGGUCCAGAUCUCCAUGUGAGGACGCCUCCCUCCUCCGAGCAGCCCGUCAGCCCGGAGCUGCUGGGUCACCAUCCAUGCCUCCCCGUCGCCAACGACUACCAGCACCUCGGCUACCAAAUCCAAGGGCCCCAGUAUGCAGCCCAGGGGAACCUCAGAGCCUUCGACUGCCCCCAGAUCCAGAUCACCUCCAUCGCCCCUAACAACCAUGUAGAUCCGGGCGGUAUCCAGCAGGCGUUGGCGGUGGGCGGGGCGGAGGGGGGUUACAUGGAGGCGUCGUGGACCCGAGACCAGCUCUUCCUCCCUCUGGACCCCUGUUAUCGGGACCCGGCGCUCUGCCCGAGCCCCUGCAGCAGCCUGUCUUCCAGGAGCUGGAUCUCCGAUCUCUCCUCCUGCGAGUCUUUCUCCAACGUGUGCGAGGACGUGGAAGGGGAGCUGCGCGAUGCCGCCCGCCUCGCCCUCGGCUCCCCUCUCGGGUCACCCGUGGGGUCCCCUGGGUGCGGGGGCGGGGCCUUCGGGGUGGAGCUUUGGCAGCAGAAGUAUCAGCAUCCGUCGGCCUUCAGCCCGGCGCUGUCGCCUCAUCAGUCGCCCCGCCAGUCGCCCUGCCACUCCCCUCGCACCAGCGUCACCGAGGAGAGCUGGCUGCACCGCCGGCCCACCUCCAGGCCGUCCUCCAGACCGACGUCGCCCUGCGGGAAGAGACGCCACUCCAGCGCCGACCCCCGCGCCCGCUCCCCCUCCCCCUCCCCUCACCACUCCCCGAGCCCGACGCCGGGCGCCUCGCCGCGGGGCAGCGUGACGGACGACACCUGGGUGGGAAGCCCCGCCGGAGCCAUGGGGGGGCUCCUCAUGUCCUGUUACCAGGACCUUGACGUCCCCUCGAAGACCAGGAGGACGUCCGGGAGUCAGCUGGGCGACGGCGUACUGGAGGAGCUGAGGACUGUGAUCCCGUUCCAGGAGUCUGCCGGCGGCGGGGGGGGGGAGGAGGCGCGGGAGCAGGAAGGACUGGCCGAGCUCUUCCUUCAGGUGCCCUCACACUUCAGCUGGAACAAACCCAAACCAGGAAACCCCCCUCUGUUCAGGAACUCGUCCCCUCCUCCUCUCGAUUGCCUUCUGCCGAGCCGGUUUGACCAGUAUGAGCUGAAGCUGGAGGUCCAGCCCAAAUCCUACCACAGAGCUCAUUAUGAGACGGAGGGCAGCCGAGGGUCCAUUAAGGCUCUGACUGGAGGACACCCGCUCAUUAAGUUGAGCGGCUACAGCGAGCAGCCGGUCAGCAUGCUGCUGUUCAUCGGCACCGCGGACGACCGAUACCUUCGUCCUCACUGCUUCUACCAAGUCCACCGAGUGACGGGGAAGACUGUCACCACCACCUGCCAGGAGAAGAUCAUCGAAGGCACCAAAGUGCUGGAGAUCCCCCUGCAGCCGGAAAACAACAUGUCUGCCAGCAUCGACUGCGCCGGCAUCCUGAAGCUGCGUAACGCCGACAUCGAGAUGAAGAAAGGCGAGACGGACAUCGGGAGGAAGAACACGAGGGUUCGCGUUGUGUUCAGGGUCGCUUUGCCUCAGCAGGGCGGCCGGACGCUGUGGCUGCAGACGGUGUCCGUACCUGUGGAGUGCUCUCAGCGUUCGGGUCAGGAGCUUCCUCACGUUGACAGCUUCAGUCCGACCAGCUGCUCCGUAGACGGAGGAGACGAGCUGCUCAUCACCGGAUCCAACAUCUGCACACAGUCCAAGGUGGUGUUCAUGGAGAAAGGACAAGAUGGACGAUCGCUGUGGGAGAUUGACGCCAGAGUUUUACCUGAGAAAAGCAGCGGAUCCAGCAUUGUGGUGGAAAUCCCUCCUUACAAUAAGAAGACGACGUGUUCGGUCCAGGUUCAGUUCUACAUCUCCAACGGGAAGAGAAGAAGAAGUCUAACGCACACCUUCACCUACCUUCCCGGAGACCGACGCCACAUGCUCGGAGCCGCCGCCGUUGCCGGGGUCGUCGCCGGGGCAACACUGGUCAAACAGGAGCGCUGGGAGCCGGACCACAUCUCCCACAAUGCACCUGGCUUCUGUCACGACCGAGCGCUCAGCCCAGAUCUGGUUUAUUACGACACCUUCAGCCUCCCGAUGCAUUGUGCUCCUGUUAGCCAGAGCGCUCCUCGUCUUCAUCAUCCUUCCCACACCUCCUUAAUGUUUGCUCACACCUCCUCCUCCUCUUCCUCCUCCAUCCCUCUCCACUCUUCCUUGAUCCCCCUCCAGAGCUUCUCCAUCCCCCCUCAGACCUCCUCCCUGCCUCCCCAAACCUCCGCUGUGCCCCUGCAGAGCUUCACCAUCCCGCCUCAGCCUCCCUCCUCUUCUUCCUCCUCCUCCUCCCUUCCUCCCCAAUCCGCCUCCAUCCCAAUCCCUCCUCUCAGCUCCUCUGGGGGGCAUCAUCACAGGGAUCAGUCGUCUCCGUGUCUGAUCUCCAGGAGAGCCUUCGUGACCCCCACUGCCCCCGCUGUCGCCCCCGUCGUCGUCACCGCUGCCCCCCCGAAGGAGUCGAGAGGGGCGCUGAGCAUCAAACAGGAGCCGCAGGAGCCGAAUCCUGCAUCUCUGGGCCUCCAGGAGAUCACACUGGAUGAUGUGAACGAGAUCAUCGACCGGGACAUCUGCAGCCUGAGCAGCGUCGUCCAGCCCGACCAGUUCGACCAGUACCACCAGUACGACUGGGAGCACAAGUCUGGUGACGCCGCCUUACCGUUCUGUGGAGGUCCUCAGUAGACACGGACCCCCCUCUUCCCCGGUUCUCCUCCUCCUCCUGUGAGAAAGAGAGAGAGGAUCGAACCGGCGGUGCAUCAAACUCUUCAAAGUGCCUGAAAUCCAAUCAGCAGCCUCGUCCUCGUUAAUCAGGGUCACAUGACGUCAGAUUUCUCAGGAAGUAAAAAAAAAAAAAAAGCGAAGACAAACUGGUCAUUACCUCACCACCACGCUGACUAAACCAAAGAUUUUUCUAACUGGUCUCGACUGAAUUGGACGAACUGUAAGAAAACAAGAAAAAGAGAAAGAAAAAAAAAAAAGGAAGAAAAAAAAACCAAACAUCAUCAAAGAGGCUAAAUAUAAAAUCCUGAUGUUAUUUAUUGGCCAGUUAAUUAAUGAAUAAAUCUAUUUUUGAUACUCUGGAGCUCAUCCAGUAAAAAACUAAACCUCCUCUUAUAGCUGAUUAUUACAUUUUUUUAUAGCUUGGUUUUAAACUCUGUACGGUUUACAUUUCCUUCCCUGAAUUAUUACAUUAUUACAUUAUUACUGCUGUUCAACCUGAACUGGGCUUUUUUUUGUUGUUUUUUUUUUGGUUUGACGCUUUAAAAAAGACACUGAAUUAUAGAAAUGUAUCGUAAAGGUUGAAGUAAAAACAGAA